AUGCUGGCACUGGCGAUGCGCCGCGAACACACGACCGGCCGCAGCAAUUACGAGCCCGCGAACCCGCUCGCGGGUUUCGAACACCUGCAGCAUCAAACCGGGAACCCGUUCGCGUCGGUGGUCCCGUCCUCCGCGUCGGACGGUCGUCUGAGGGAGGCCGGCCCGGAGACCGACGGCGAGCUACAGGAAUUUGUGGACAUCGCCCAGGUUCAGCAAUUGUUGCAGCAGCAACAGCAACAGCAGCAGCAACAACAGCAACAACAACAACAACAGCAGCACCAUCAUCAUCAGCAACAGGUGGCGGCGGCCGCGUCUUGCAUAUGGGGGGCGGUUUACCCGCCGCCACCCCCUACCCUGGGAUACCAUCAUCAUCACCAUCAUCAUCAUCAUCCACCGCCACCACCCUCAGGCGAGGACACGCAGUGCGGCACAGAGGAGGUUCCCACCGCCACCACUGGACAGGGAGGCGAUCAGCUACAGAGGAUGACGAUGGACGGUAUGGAAGUGGUGGGCUCGCAGCCCCACGCGGCCACCAGCCCGUUUCUGCUGUCGUCGCCGCCCCUCGGGCAUCAUCAUCACCAUCACCAUCAUCAUCCCACCUUCAAUCUCCAAACGGUGCAAUUGAGCUUCGACGCGUGUCUACCGUACAAUACAGCGACAUCCUCGAACUCGUCGAUCGUGUGCGGCGGCGGCGGGGUCGCCGGCGGCGGAACGUCGACACCGGCGCCAACGACUUGCGCCUCGUCGUCGUCGUCAUCGUCGACCGGCUGCAACAACAAAACGAUACCCACGCUAUCGUUGGCCACCUGUGUACCAUUGCACGCGCAACAACACCAAAACAACACCGAAACAGCUGACCACCAUGUCCGACACCAUCAUAAUCAUCAUCAUCAUCAGCAGCAUCAUCAUCAUCAGCAAGCCCAUCAUCAGAGGCUCGACGAUCAUCAACACCAUCGACACAUCGACGCAUCGUCACCGUCCAGCGAUACAACCGAGGGCAAACGACGAUUGCAGUCGGUCGUCAACGAGGAGAAGGACUGCUCGAGGGACUGCAGGGACGAUCUUCAGGAACCGAACGAGAAGGAUAAGCCAGGUGACCUAAACACGCCGGUUACCACCAGCAGCGAUUUACCGUCCUUCUUCGGCCCCUCCGCGCUCGUCGAGCCACCUCCUAUUUCAGGCAGCCUGGCGGGCGAGGAUCUGUCCCUGGAGGAUGCGACCGCGGAGGACGAUGAGACGGUGGGAUCGACCGGCAGGGAUCACCAGCAGCAACAACGUCACCAUCAUCACCAAGAGUCACAGGACACAGGAACGCCUGGCGCGCCUCCGUCGGUUAGUCCACCGCGUCAUCAUCAGCCCCAAGAAGACGCGGAUCGUUGCAACGUGCUCCAAGGGGGCGUGAUCCUAUACUCGUCCCCUCAUUCCGCGUCCUCGGUGUCUUCUGCGCCCUCGACCACCGUCAACAUCUGUAACGUGCCUACCUUGACCUACCGGGGUGUAUUCACCACCACCUGCACGCAAUCUACCACCCUGAACACUCUGCAAACCCAGCAGCAACAGGCCCAACAGCAGCAGCAACAACAGCCCACCAGCCAAGAGCUUUGGGGUCCGUUACCCUCGCCGACGUUGACCUUGACGGGUCAACCGUUCCUUCACCCAACCCUGCACACCGGCCCGUACACAGGCGAGACCGUCGAACUGCUCCAGGUCGAAUCGAAACCACCCCCGCCGCCAGGUUACCACGACACCCCAACCACCACUCCUGCCGGUUGGCUGACCGCGCACGAGGACGCCUACGAUCCGAAUCUUCUGUCCCACCAUCACCCUCAUCACCAUCACCAGGAGACCACGUUGAAGCAAGAACCAAGCGGAACGUAUGGCCCAGCUGUUCAACAGCAGCAACAACAACAACAACAACCUCAACCGAGCCAACAACAACAACAACAACAACAACCUCCACCGUCCGCCGGUACGACGGGGGUGCAGCUCGCCGAGUACAACCCCAGCACGUCCAAAGGUCACGAGAUUCUCUCGCAGGUUUACCAACAGAGCGCUCUACCGCUCAGGCUGGUCCCCGUCAAACCUCGGAAGUAUCCGAACCGACCGAGCAAAACUCCGGUACACGAGCGACCGUACGCCUGUCCCGUCGACGGCUGUGACCGCAGGUUCUCACGUAGCGACGAGCUCACCCGGCACAUACGCAUCCACACCGGCCAGAAACCGUUUCAGUGUCGAAUCUGCAUGCGUUCGUUCUCCAGGAGCGAUCAUCUGACCACCCACGUGAGAACCCACACCGGCGAGAAACCAUUUUGUUGCGAUCAAUGCGGUCGGAAGUUCGCCAGGAGCGACGAGAAGAAACGUCACGCGAAGGUCCAUCUGAAGCAAAGGUUGAAACGCGAGGCUACCCAUGCGUCAGCUAGGAAUCAUCCCCAGAGUCAUGCAUCGCCACCCUGUAAUCAGUAAAAUAAAUGGCGAAUUGUUCUUGGGAAAGAACCAUCGCAACCCUCUGUUCUCUUGAUCAGAGGGGGAGGAACGUUGAUUUAGGUGUCGAUCCACACCAUCAUCAACCGCGCAUUCCUCUUCGACCUUGCCAAAAUCGUGCUAAUUCACGGCGCAGCUUCU